UCCAGCAGCGGCGGUCUGAACCUGCAGACGGCUCCGCUCUCGGCUAAGGUCUCCGGGUCGCUGCUUCUCGCCGCCGCUCCACCUGCAACCAUGACCUCCUGCAGCCGCGUGGCGCUGGUGACCGGGGCCAACAAGGGCAUCGGCUUCGCCAUCACGCGCGAGCUGUGCCGGCACUUCUCCGGGGACGUGGUGCUGGCGGCGCGGGACGCGGAGCGCGGCCGGGCGGCCGUGCAGCAGCUGCAGACGGAGGGCCUGAACCCGCGCUUCCACCAGCUGGACAUCGACGACCCGCAGAGCAUCCGCGCGCUGCGGGACUUCCUGCGCCGCGAGUACGGCGGGCUGGACGUGCUGGUCAACAACGCGGGCAUCGCCUUCAAAAAUGCUGAUCCCACACCCUUUCAUAUUCAAGCCGAGGUGACCCUGAAAACCAACUUUUUCAGUACCCGGAACAUCUGCACAGAAUUACUGCCUCUCAUAAAGCCCCAAGGUAGAGUGGUCAAUGUGUCCAGCAUGGUUAGUGUCCGUGCACUGAAGUCCUGCAGCCCGGAGCUGCAGCAGAAGUUCCGCAGUGACACCAUCACGGAGGAGGAGCUGGUGGCCCUCAUGAACAAGUUCGUAGAAGACACAGAGAAAGGGGUGCACCAGAAGGAGGGCUGGCCCAACACUGCCUAUGGCGUGUCGAAGAUCGGCGUCACCGUGCUGUCCAGGAUCUACGCCAGGAACCUGAGUGCACAGCGGCCAGGCGACAAGAUCCUCCUGAAUGCCUGCUGCCCCGGGUGGGUGAGAACUGACAUGGCGGGGCCCAAGGCCACCAAAAGCCCAGAAGAAGGCGCAGAGACCCCCGUGUACUUGGCCCUCUUGCCCUCAGAUGCUGAGGGGCCUCACGGGGAGUUUGUUUCGGAGAAGAAAGUUGAGCCGUGGUGAGCGUGACACACACAGCGUCAUCCUUGGGCGCCAUUUUGUUCCUACCUUGAUUAAACUAUAGAGCAUUUAUCUGAUGCUUGUCGACAUUUCUAAUUCUACUAAUUCUUUCGUGAUUCCCCCUCCACCUCCUACCCCAGAUGUUGUUAGGGAAAAAAUAUGUGUAAUCUGUGGCCAAAAGUUAGUAGAUGAAUAAAAGUGGUUCUUGAUAA